CAGUUCCUGUUGUUUCACCCAGUAUGUUAGAUGAAAAAAUAACUUUUGAACAAACAGAUUCUGGCACAAUGACCAGAACUCCACACAGUAACCUUCAAGGUCAUUCUGAGCCUGGGUCCUCUGCCAGUUCAAGGAGUUGUCAAGGUGACCCACUCACUCCUCAGAAAGCUAAGAUGGAAGUGGCAGAACUCAGUGGACAGCUUCAGACCCCAAAAAGACAACGUGAAAGCCAGGUCACGGAUUUCCCGGGACACGUGGACCAGGUCUUCCAGCAGCUCAACUACCAGCGUCUCCGUGGUCAGCUGUGUGAUUGUGUGAUCGUGGUGGGUAACCGGCACUUCAAAGCCCACCGCGCCGUGCUGGCGGCCUGCAGCACCCAUUUCCGCGCCCUCUUCUCGGUGGCGGAGAGCAACGGUGGCAUGAACGUGAUCCAGCUGGACAGCGAGGUGGUGACCGCAGAGGCUUUGUCUGUCCUGGUAGACAUGAUGUACACCUCAACAUUAAUGCUGGAGGAGAGUAACGUCAUGGAUGUGCUGCUUGCUGCCUCGCACCUGCACCUCAACUCAGUUGUGAAGGCCUGUAAGCAUUACCUGAGCACGCGCACGUUGCACCUGUCCCUUCCGGGAAAGCGGUAUAUGCGCUGUUCUGAUCAGCACGCAGCUGGCACUGCUUCAGGCUCCAGGCUCCAGCACCCUUUCCUGCAACAGUACAAGGUUCUCCCGAUCAAGGUAAAAGAGGAAGCUCAGCAGGAGGAACAGCAGCAGCCUCAGCAAAUGCAGGUGGUGGUGAAGAGCGAAGCCCUGAGCUCACCAGAGGCCCCUGAUGAGACCAGUGACAUCACCUCUUGGACAGAGGGCAGCAACCAAGCAGAACCUGUCGCAGUCAAGGCCAAGCUCAGUCCGCAGAGCAGUGACUGCAGUUUCUCUGACACGCAUUCUGGCACAGACUGCAUCCCGGGGGGUGCCGGGGUCCAUCUGGGCGGAGAGUUCUCAAAUCCGGGGCACCGUUUCGUCAUCACCCUCUUUUUCCUCCGCGACCAUCUGCGGCGCACUCCUCAACAGGUCCUCCUACAAAUGGUUGGGGGACAUUGAAGGCCCCCGCUGCUGCGUCCUCUCACCUGACAAGAGCCUCUGCAGAUGUCCUUUCCAAAUGCAAGAAGGUGCUGUCGGAGCACAACGUCCUUGUGGUAGAGGGACCCCGCAAGAUCUGCUGCAAGACGUUUCUGGCGCUGACGGACUGCAAGAAGCGCGUCUGUGUGCACACAGACGAGAAGCCCUACUCCUGCCUCAAAUGCAGCAAGAGCUUUUGCCAGUCCAGCCACUUGUACAAGCGCUCCAAGACCACCUGGCUGCCCUGGCAGAACA